GAAAUUAAAAGAUUUUACAAGAAUGUGACAAUCACAAAAUCAAAUGGUGGGUUUGAAGUUAAUCUAGAUAGGCACAAGCUUAGAACUCCACUUGGAAAUGUUUUGCUCAUUCCAAGUGAACCAAUUGCAUUAGGUGUGGCUGAAGAAUGGAGGUCCCAAGACAAAACCAUUAACAAGUUUAACAUGCAUCUUACCUCGUUAGCAAAUAUGUGCGCAGAUAGAAAUGGGUUGAAAGAUAGAGAUUGCAUCAUAAGAAAGAUGCUCGAAUACCUCAGCACAGAUACAGUCUGUUUCAGAGCUGACUCGCCGAAAGAAUUGGUCGACCUCCAGAAUGAGAAGUGGAAUGGGCUUGUUGACAGUUUAGAAAGAAGAUUUCAAGUCGAAAUACCGGUAACAAGUGGGCUGUCAGUACCAAAGAUACCUGAAAAUACGACACAUACUUUUACUCAGUACCUCAAGUCAUUCUCUGAUUGGUCACUCGUAGGGUAUGAGCAAGCAGUGGACUGUUUGAAAUCCUUCGUCAUAGCCACUCAUGCCGUCAAUCGAGAACUUUCCAUCGUGCAAGCCGUAUCACUCUCUCAUUUAGAGAUCCAAUUUCAAACGAGUCUCUGGGGUACGGUUGAGUGGAAACAUACAAUGGAUGAGACGGAAACGAAAGCCAGACUAGCAGCUGCUGUCUUGUUUGUCCACUUCAACUCGUCUAGCUCCGAAAAAAUUGACAAAAAUUCGUUUAAAAAGUUUAUUAACGUUUAA